CAAUUAACAUGGGUCGAUGGAUACAGAGUGAUAUUCUUGAAGGAUGACUGGAUGAGUGGUUAAGCCUUCUCCUCUUUUGAGGGAGAACAGGGGAACAAGUUUAGAUGAGAAAUACACUGAUUCAUUCACACUCCUAGCUUGUACAUUUGUACUACCAUUGUCCUUUAGCCUUUCUAAUUUUCCUCCCGAGCUUCAUGUGCAGACACGCUUAGGUGUCUGCUUGAUAUACAAGAAAUGAUGUCGGCUUUGCUACUAGUAACCGUUGUCGUGUUCACAAUUCUAUCUAGCAGCUGCUGCGAAGCUUCUUAUUCAACACCAUCUUCUUCUUGCGGUAAUAUUGGCAACAUUAGCCAACCAUUUUACCUCAAAGGUCAGCCACACAGAUGGCACGGUUUCAGCUAUGAACUCUCUUGUGAGAACAAUCAUACUAUUUUAAAAUUUGCUACUAUACAAUUUUCCAAAUUCUACGUGGAGGCCAUCAAUUAUGCGAACUGGACUGUUCGGAUAAUUGAUUCAGGGCUAGCCAGAAACAACUACUCAUGUUCCUCUGUUCCUCUUCAUCCUUUCUUCAACAAAACUAAAUAUAAUUAUCAGUUGCCUACUUUUUCCGCAAUUGGGAAAUUGAAUAAGCCGAUAACGUAUAUAGACUGUCCAGCACCUGUGACAAAAUCCGUAACAACAAGAUAUAAACCCACAACUCCUUGCUCAUCAUCAGUCUCUUCAUACGUUGUGAUUGGAUACAUGGACUCGUCUGAAGUGGAGAACAACUGUACGAUUCGGAAGGCAACUUGGGUGUCAUCCGCAUGGCCUGAUAUUAAUAGAACAUCUUUCUUGGACAUCCGGGACAUGGUGUACGGAAUAGAGCUUCCAUUCAAAUAUUUUUCCUGCCUAAAGUGUCAUCGACCUCUAUCCGAUUAUUUUGGGGAUGUAAGAUCCGAAAAUCCUCAAUUGAGCUGCGACUCUGGUACUGAUAAUUCUCGGCUGCCCGAUUGGUUCGAGUACCUGGAACUUGCAAGCUCCUUCUUAAGUCCGCUCCGGGCUCUGCUGUGGCUUCUGAACCGAUUUCUUAGCCCCUUGGUCCAAGAUUUUUUUUUUUAUGCACAACUUCUGUGCAAAAUAGCAUUUCUAGUGGCAUGUCUAGUAUACAAAAUAAGGACAAGACAUGUAUCUGUAUAUGACAACAUAGAAAAAUUCCUGCAACGACAAAACAAUUUCAUGCCCAUUAGGUACAGUUAUUCUCAAAUUAAAAGAUCCACCAACGGGUUCAAAGAUAAACUUGGUGAAGGAGGCUUUGGUACCGUAUACAAAGGGAAGCUUCGAAGCGGCCUCAUUGUAGCUGUUAAGGUGUUGAGCAACUACAAAGCUAGUGGUGAAGAUUUCAUCAAUGAAGUCGGUACAAUUGGUAGGAUUCAUCAUGUUAACAUUGUGAGACUUGUUGGCUUCUGCGCUGAGGGUAACAAACGUGCUCUAGUUUAUGAGUUCAUGCCUAAUGGCUCUCUUGAUAGAUACAUUUUUGUCGAUGGAGAUAGAGGUGAGGCUGGGGAAAUAACUACUUUGAAUUGUAAAAAGAUGUAUGAGAUUUCAUGCAAAGUGGCAUGUGGCAUUGAGUAUUUACAUCGAGGUUGUGACAUGCAAAUCUUACACUUUGAUAUCAAGCCUCAUAAUAUUCUCCUCGAUGAGAACUUCAAUCCAAGAAUUUCUGAUUUUGGCCUUGCAAAAUCACGUGCUACUGGUGAAAGUACUGUGACUAUGACUGCAGCAAGGGGGACAAUGGGUUACAUGGCUCCGGAAUUAUUUUACAAAAAUAUUGGAGGUGUUUCUUAUAAAGCGGAUGUGUAUAGUUUUGGAAUGUUGUUAUUGGAGAUGGCAGGUAAAAGGAAAAACUUGAAUCCAUUAAAGGAUGAAAUUAGCCAAAUUUACUUCCCUUCAUGGGUCUAUGACCAGAUAAGCAAAGGGAAGGAGAUUGAAACGGAAGAUGCUACUACUAAUGAAAAGGAAUUGGUGAAGAAGAUGAUUAUUGUAGCCAUGUGGUGUAUCCAAAUGAAGCCAACUGACCGACCUUCAAUGAAUGAAGUUAUUGAUAUGCUUGGAAGGGACCUCGGACUUUUGGUUAUGCCUCCUAAACCUUUGAUUUGUCCAGAAGAGGUGAUGACCGAGGAUGCAGAACUUACUCUGACGUCUUCAAAUUGAUGAUGUGUGGAUAUACUGAUAUACUUUGUAAUAUAGACUCAAGAGUGAUUAGCUUAUUCGGUCAAUUGAUUUGUUAAGCUAUGAACUAUGUGUAACUUGUAUUCGUAUAUGACUUGUUUGAGAACUUUAUUUCAUUUCAAAUUCUGGAUUUGGACAAAUUACAU